GUGUCUUGCAAACGAGGAGGGAACAGUCGUCUGCGGGAGCCAUGUCUGAAAGCGGCUCCGCGUCCGCCGCCGCCGCCACCAUCCCAAAUGGAGGGAGCGUCGCUCGGCAUCCCGGCAACCUAGUCACUGUAGUCCUGGGAGCACAAUGGGGCGACGAAGGGAAGGGGAAAGUGGUGGAUCUUCUCGCGCAGGACGCGGACAUCGUCUGCAGGUGCCAGGGAGGCAAUAAUGCUGGACAUACAGUUGUUGUAGAUUCUGUGGAAUAUGAUUUUCAUCUGUUACCCAGUGGUAUCAUCAAUCCAAAAGUCACAGCAUUUAUUGGGAAUGGUGUAGUAAUUCAUCUGCCAGGAUUGUUUGAAGAAGCAGAGAAAAAUGUUAAAAAAGGAAAAGGUUUAGAAGGCUGGGAAAAAAGGCUAAUUAUAUCGGACAGAGCCCAUAUUGUAUUUGACUUCCACCAAGCUGCUGAUGGCAUUCAAGAACAACAAAGACAAGAGCAAGCAGGGAAAAACUUGGGAACCACAAAAAAGGGAAUUGGUCCAGUGUAUUCUUCUAAAGCAGCUCGAAGUGGGCUCAGAAUGUGUGAUCUAGUUUCUGACUUCAAUGAAUUUUCAGAAAGAUUCAAAAUGCUGGCUAAUCAGUACAAAUCUGUUUACCCUACAUUAGAGAUUGACAUUGAAGGAGAAUUGAAGAGAUUAAAGAGCUAUUGUGAAAGAAUCAAACCAAUGGUGAAGGAUGGGGUAUAUUUUAUGCAUGAAGCUUUGCAUGGCUCUCCAAAGAAAAUUUUAGUGGAAGGUGCAAAUGCAACAUUAUUAGACAUUGAUUUUGGCACUUAUCCUUUUGUGACCUCGUCAAAUUGCACUGUGGGAGGUGUUUGCACUGGCUUAGGUAUGCCACCUCAGAAUGUGGGUGAAGUAUAUGGAGUUGCAAAAGCAUAUACAACUAGAGUUGGGAUUGGUGCCUUUCCUACAGAACAAAACAAUGAAAUUGGGGAAUUGCUACAGACACGAGGAAAAGAGUUUGGCGUGACCACAGGGCGAAAGAGAAGAUGUGGCUGGCUUGAUCUUGUAUUGCUUAGAUAUGCACACAUGAUCAAUGGAUUCACUGCGCUGGCUCUUACCAAAUUGGAUAUUUUGGAUGUAUUUCCUGAAAUUAAAAUUGGCAUUGCCUAUAGAUUAGAUAAUAAAAUCAUACCUCAUUUCCCAGCAAACCAAGAAGUCUUAAAUAAAGUAGAGGUGCAGUAUGAGACCUUCCCAGGAUGGAAGAAAGAUAUAUCAAAUGCAAGGACAUUUGAUGAAUUGCCUGUAAAUGCACAAAACUUUGUUCGAUUUAUAGAAAUGGAGCUCGGCAUUCCAGUUAAAUGGAUUGGAGUAGGAAGAUCCAGGGAGUCGAUGAUCCAGCUCUUCUAAAGAUAUUGGAUAAUUUGAAAGGAAAGCACACUCCACAAAGACUGCUUGUUCACAUAGACACUCAUACAGACACACAUGUCUUAACCCAAUAAGCAAUUAUUUGGAUGAGGAAAUUGGAAACAUCUUGUAAAACAACUAGAGUUAGUCUGGUGGGGGGAAACAGUUGUUGCUAUAAAACAUUGACAGAUCAGUAUCAUUUAUCUUACUUUGUCAAAAGUUCUAGUGGCAAGUACUGCCACCAUUUGCCACUGAUACUUUUUCUCCAGAUGUAUUGCCAGGCCUUUUUUUCUGUUUAUGUUUCUGAGUCUACUGUAUGUCUGCUUUUGGUGGUAUUCUUGAAAUUUUGGAUGCUUAAGAUAAUGCAGUUUUGCACAGAGUUUUACAUCUUCAUUUGUACUCCUAAAGCUGUUAUACCUUGUAUGGUUGCUGUAGUGUGUGAUUAAAGAGAGGGGUGAUUUUAUAAUGAUGACAAAACUAAUUUUUUGUUACAGUUUUUAUUAAAAGAAUAAUGAACCAUAGUUUAGAUGGGGUGCUUAAUAUGUAUACAAUACAACUUAAUUUAUAAAUGAUAAUAUUGGAAGUGUUUAUACCUCGUAUGGAGUUCAUUCUUUUUCUCCCUUAUUGAUACUUUUACAUUUCAGAGUUUCAUCAUUCAGUUCAAUUCAUCAUUUCAAUGGCCUAUUGCCCAAUCUAUUCAGUAACAUCCAUUCAGAGGAUGAUUGGAAAAAAGAUGACCUAAAUAUCAUCUAAUUAGCUUCUUAACAUAGAGAAUCCUCAUGGGUUAAGAUGACUUGGCUAUCCUAUGUAAAUAGGCAUCGGAAACAAUAUUUAUGUAAAUUAACUUUUUAAAGAACUAAAUUCAUCCUUGGCAAAUAUUCAAGACAAUAUAUUCUGUAGUUUCUAGUGCUUUGCUAAAUACUUUUCUUUUGAGUGUAUUGUAUGUCUAUAUUGAUUUAGCUUGAAGAAAUUGAAGUAAUUUCAAGCCAAUUAUAUUCUUUAACCUUAACACCAUUCAUGACCUUUUCUUACUCUGUGGGCAUUAUUUUGUAAGAUAUUUCACUCUGUUUCUAUGUAAUUCUUUUGUACCUUUGUUCCUGCAGUAUUUUAGGAGGGGUAAGCCACGGCUUCACGUAGGAUGCAAUAAUUGAAUGUACGUGUAUAUUUUUAACUGACAUUUUAUUAAUAGGUUAUAUCUAAUAGCUGUCUUUCAGCAUAGUAUCUAAAAACAAGAUGCUAACAUCAGGGAAUUUAACUUAAGUUUUCCAGUCCUGUUCAUAUUUGCAAUGUACGCAAUCAUGUCAUUUGAAGCACAUUUUCCAGAAUGUACAUUUUCAUGAACAUUGUCGUGACUUCUGAAAAAUGUAUCUUGGAGUGUGAACUCUUAAAAUAAUAUAUUAAUUCCUUUUGAUAAAAUGUGAGGAUGGAGGGGAAACAGCAGCUUUAAAAAAAUUUCUAUGAAAAUACCACCUCACUUUCUGGGAAAGUUAGCAGUAAGCUUUAGAUUGAUAUAGAUGUUGCAUGAAGAAACAUGAUAAAGUUCUAACAUACAUAGAAAAUCCUCACUGAAAAAUAACCAUGAUUCAACACUGUAGUAGCUGUUAUUUCUUUUUACUUUGAAGAGGGGUGAGGUUUAUUUGGCACAUGGAAUUUUAUUUUGAAAUAAAAGCAAAUUUACAGUCAACAAAAAGGGGCACACCAAUUAUUAGAAUAAUCUUAGACUGUUAGACUAAGCUGUCUAUGUCAGAAAAAUCAUAUGCUUCAGUGAAAAGAAGUUUUGAAGAUGUUCCAGACAAGAUAAAUGGAAACCAUGGUGCCAUAAUGCCUUUUUAGAAGAUUGCUUGUUGUUAAACAUGGUCUUGCAAAAAUUGUAAGUCAUCUGUUAUUGACAAGAUAAAGUAUUUUAGAAAACCAAAGUUUUCCAAGUUUUCUUUGUACUGAGAAACAAGUAUGUUAUUCCAAGUAUUUCUGACCCAAACAAGUGCCAGCCUUGAUGCUCUUGCAUGUAAAUAUUACAACAGUACUUUUCCUGCUGUCACAUACUUCUUUUUCCUCAAUGUUACCCUGAGCCGAUUUGUGUCAAAGAUUCAUUUUCCUGCUUGCUGAAACUUAAAAAGUAAAUAAAUAAACCCUCAGUCCUGCAUUUAGAUUUCUUUUCAUAGAGCAGAAUUGUCUUUUGAUCCUAAGCAAAGCUGUGAUAGUUAUGAUUUUAAAAUUACCUCCGUCAACAUUUUGGAAUGUUGGCUUCUUGUAUAUCUCAUUUUCUUACUAGACCAACACUUAACAUAUUCUGGUUCUGUCUUUAAGAUUUGAUGCCUAUCAUUGAUAGAAAUACACUCAGCAAAUUACUACUUUUACUCUUUGUAUUUUGUGUUUUCUGUGUUCAUUGACUAUUUGAACAUUACUUGUUUUAUUUAAGCUCAUAUUUGGUGUGGAGUGACUAAUGCUACUGUAUAUUGGUUACUGGAGCAUUUAUAUAUUUUAUAAAGUUUAAGAUUAUACUUUUGCACAUAUAAAGGAAAAACACCUCAGACUUUAGUUUACUGUGACUACAUACAUUUAGGUUCUGUAUCUAGAUUUAUCAAGUUUCUUAGAGCUCUGUCAAAUAAUGCAUGUGCUUGAAGAGCUAGUAUUUUUAAGAAGCACCAGUACUCCUACUGCUUGUUGUUUGGGGGCGUGUAUGACAUCACAGAUGGUACAAAUCCCUUAGAACAUGUAUAAUAACUAACGAUUUACACAUUUGUAUUUGUCCCAAGUUUUAGACUCUAACCAAUUAUGUUUGGGUAAAAAAUAAAAUUUAAUUUACUUUGUAGAGAAACUGAACUGAAGAAG